AUGGUAUAUCUCAGAUUGGAAGAUUUAAAAAUCUCAGAUGCAUUGAUUAGUGCGAUUCUACACUCAUGUUCAGAUAUACGCUUUCUUAUUCUUGAUAAAAGUAAGGGUUUCACUAAUAUACCAAUUAUAGAAAUUGCGAGAUUUUCUCCAAAACUACAGCAUCUGAGUCUUAAUUCAUAUAUAUGUCUCACUAAUCAAUGUAUCACUGAAAUUACUCACUCAUGCUCAAAUUUAGACAUCUUGAGCUUGGUGAUUGCUCGAUUGAGGUGUAGAAGGAUUAGUAAUAAAGUGCUAAAAAAACUCAAUCUGAAAAUUAAAAUCGAACGUCCAGAUUAUUCCGAUGAUGAAUUCUUAGAUUCUGAUUUACCUCCACUUAUUCCAAUCUUUACCAAUGAAACAGAUCUUAUUUCUGCAAUUGUUAAUUAUCUCAGAGAGAAUCCUCUAACCAAGAGCUUGUUCGAUAAGCUUAAAGAAGAUUAUGGAAUACAUGAUCCUGUUGAGAAUCUCUAUGGGGAUGUAAUAGAUGGUACCGAAGUAAUAGACUUUCAAAUUCGCAAAAAUUCAUUGUUUGAUUUGGUUCUGGGACAAGAAUGGUUAUGGAUGCAUGAAGCAAAAAUAAGCUUUGGAUAUUCUCCCAAAACCUGUGUCUGCCAUGCUAAAAUUGUAAUCGAUGGUAUGAGUAUCCCAUUAAUCAAAGAAAAAAGUAAUAAAGCCAGCUCUAGUAAAAAUAACUUAUUUCAUUCUGAAACAGAAAUCGAUAAACCUGAUCUAAAUUUAGAAAAGUUUAUAGAUAUAUUUAAGAAAUUAUCUAUAGAGACUAAUUUAUCCAGUUCUGAUUCAGAAUCCAUGGGUUCAGACUGGUAUGAUCUUGAUCUAAAAAAACCCCGAAAGAAACGCAUCCAUAAUACAAAGAAAAAGGUUAUCUCUCCUAGCUGA